UCACCCCGGCCACACGACUCCCGAGCAGGAUGCGCAGGUCUACCAGCUUCGGACAAUGCUCGAGCAGGCGGGAUACAAGGAGCGCUUGGACACUCUGACUCUGGUGCGUUUUGGCUCUUACUGUUAUUGUUAUUGUGUGGGAUGGAGAUGGCAACACAGCGCCUUGUGGAUGUGCCCCAUGUGACAUGCGGCUGGAUCUAUGUUGGCUUUCGUCUUGGGUGUCUGGAGUUUUUCUCAGCCGCAUAGGCUUCAGAAUAUACUUUAUAGCCCGGGAACAUGACAGUAAAGCUAACAUCUAGCUUCUGUAGCUGCGGUUCUUGCGUGCACGGAAGUUCAAUGUCGAGCUUGCUAAGCAAAUGUAUGUGCUUCCGGUCGGGUUGUCUUUUGGAACCAUCAAAGCCUCCUGGACUUUACAACAUUUUAUGGACUGUGGCUGACAGAUGUUGCAGGUUCGUUGACUCUGAGAAAUGGCGCGCCGAAUUCAAGGUCGACGAGCUUGUCCGCACCUUUGAUUACCACGAGAAGCCCCAAGUGUUCAAGUACUACCCCCAGUACUACCACAAAACAGACAAGGAUGGCCGACCAGUGUACAUUGAACAGCUCGGAAACAUUGACCUGAACGCCAUGUACAAGAUCACGACGGCCGAGCGUAUGCUGCAGAACCUGGUGGUCGAGUACGAGAAGCUUGCGGACCCGCGCCUGCCCGCAUGCUCGCGCAAGCACGGCCACCUGCUUGAGACAUGCUGCACCAUUAUGGACUUGAAGGGCGUGGGUAUUUCCAAGGCGCCCUCGGUCUACUCAUACCUCAAGCAAGCCUCCGGCAUCUCUCAGAACUACUACCCCGAGCGUCUGGGCAAGCUGUACAUUAUCAACGCCCCCUGGGGUUUCUCGACCGUCUUCAGCGUGGUCAAGAGCUUCCUCGACCCCGUCACUGUUUCGAAGAUCUUUGUGCUUGGCAGUGGCUACCAGUCGGAGCUUCUCAGCCAGGUCCCCAAGGAGAACUUGCCCAAGCAGUUUGGCGGCACCUGCGACUGCCCUGGCGGCUGCCCCCUCAGCGACCUCGGCCCCUGGCAAGAUCCCGAAUGGGCCAAGCCUCCGAAGUGGGCCCAGGAAAAGAAGACCGAGGAGGCAGCUAUUGAGAACAAGCCCGAGACGACCAUCCCUACUGGCGAUGACAUUUCUGGGAAGCCUGCACAGACCUCUACCGAGGAGAAGGCAGCUAUUGGCGUCGCUGCCCCUGCGCCUGCUGCUCAGUGAUUUCGUCUCUAGUGUCUCUUUAGCUCUUUCUUUCUUUUCUCCCGUUACCCCAAUGAGCCUGGUUGAGUGGUGUAGGUGGUGUUGAUGUUGUGCAGUCGAUUGAUAUAGUCCAAAUAUAACCCUCCCAUGUCGUUCUACGAUGGUUGUGGUUUUGCGAUAAAUGGAUAAAGAAUACACGGUCAUUGAUUAAUCAUUUUCUGAAGAAUCAUGUGGCUGAUCAUUAGUCUUUGGCGGCCAGUUAAUUAUCGUCUUUGAUUUCAGAUUUUAUCAGCUAGCGCAAAAGACGAGAAAUAA